AUGGUGUCAGAGGAAGUGAGUGCGAUGAUACAAGGAGAAACUUCAAUCAAAAGGACUGACCCUGGUAGUUUUGUCCUAGAUUGCAAGAUACAAAAUGCACGUUUUCCUCGAUCUCUUUGUGAUCUUGGCUCUAGUGUAAACCCCAUGCCAUACUUUGUGGCAGUUUCACUAGGUUAUAAUGUAUUCGUUCCAACACCUAUCACGUUAGUUCUAGCUGAUCGUUCUAUUAGGGUACCUGAAGGAAUCCUCGUAGAUGUACCAGUCAAACUUGAUGAUUGUUUCAUACCAACAGAUUUCGUUGUACUAAAGUAUAAACAAGUGCCGAAAGACCCCCUUAUUUUAGGUCGGCCCUUUUUGGCUACAGCAGGAGCAAUCAUAGAUGUUAAAGGGGGAAAGAUUAAUUUAAAUGUCGGAGAUAUAUCAAUGAACUUCGACAUGGAAAAGCUAGUCAAACGUCCUCUGAUAGACGAUCACGCCUUUUACACAGAAGAAGUUUCUGAACCAGAAAAAGAAUACCUUAUGGAUAUAUUUUUGCUGAUAGUUCAUCAGAAGACACAUUCACUCCUGAUGAAAAAGGAAUCCUGA